AUGUGUCCCAUGCAUGUCAAUGAAACAAUCACCCCACUUCAGGCUUGGCAGGCGGUGUUGGCAACGUUCCAUAUCGUUCCUGCUCGAUCCUCGGGCGAUGCGCGGAUUUUGGAAGGUGCGUAUUGGGGACCGGAAGACUUUUCGGAGAUCCGAGCUCGGUUGAUUCCAUUGCUCCAGGCUGUCUUUGCUCUUCUCAUUCAGGCAUCCUCCGUUGUCUUUUCUCGUGUCCAAUUUGAUGAAGAGACGCCGCAUAGAAUGCGCCACUGGGGAGAAGAAGGCGCCAUUCUCAUCGAAACAACCAACGGGCAAAGGUUCAGAUGGAAUACUGCCGCAUUGAUUUCGAAGAUGAACCUUGGGUUCCGAAACCUUGCUUUUUCCCGAGCUUGGUUUGAGAUCAUAUCGUAA